GGACGUAACUCCCUUUUCCACUUGCAAUGAAAGAACGAGUCGUGAAUAAAACGUUUUACAAUCAGGAUGUGGGGGGGGCACUCAGCUGAAGAACACUCCACGUGUCCGAGCAACGGCCAAGGUACGUGUAGCUCAAAUUUCGACACGACUAACGAUCCCCGCGGGAUAGAAAUCCAUUUCCCGCACUCAAUGAGCAACCUACAUUUAAGGAAAAUGUCAGCAGGAUGUCGGCGCGCGUUCUGCUUAAGCACAACGUACGUGUUUGAGCGACGGCGCUAGUACGUGUAGAAUGUUGAACAGUGCAGCCACGCCCGUCGUACGUUCUUUUGGCAAAACAUACCAACCACCGUUUUCUAUCCUGAACAGAACGCACAAAUCUAGAGAUUCGAAGGAGAUAUCGAGGGAAACCGUAAGUCGUACUCAAACCCUAAUAUGGCACCUGCGAUAACACAGUUCCCAACGAAACCAUCAAAUGCCUACAACGCUCUUCAAAGACAUUCUACACGUGUCUGAGCAUAUACGACGCGAGUGCGUGUACAAUGUCGAACAGCGCAGCGCCGCCACGUGUUACGCUCAAUGUUUUCGAUUCUUCAUCCUGGAACGAACCCUUAGCCUUCGAGCAUCAACGCCGCGAGUACGUAGCCUCCAAGCAUCAACGUAGCCUCUACCAAUUUCGAUAUUUUCUUUCCAUCGGUUUCCUCUGUGAUAACGAGGCGUCCAUCAUAGGUCUACAACCGUCGAAUAAACCCAACGGUGAGUUGCAGCAUAUGCUACCCUCCCUGCAGACGUCAUGUACGCUCUUCUGGCAACCGUUUUCCAGCCCGAAAAGAACGCACGAUCCAUCUACCGACUCAAGGUGAUAUGGACAAUUGAGUUCGAUUCGAGGGAAAACCGUAAAAGCUGAACUCACAGCUUCGAUAAUACAGUUCCCAGCGAAACUACCAUCAUCAUACGCCUACAACGUUCUCAAAAGACAUUCUACGUGCCUGAGCCGCCUGCGCGCGUACGUGUAGAAUGUCGAACGAGUGUAACGACGCCCGUUGUGUUAGACUCGACGUUUUCACUUCUCCAUCCUGGAGCGGAUCCGUAGCUUACCAGCAUCAACGGUGCAUAAACACAGGUUAAAUAUAUUACGGAUCACGAAUAUGGGUUAAAUACUUGAUACCCAUGUCGAUAUUGUCUCUACAUCGGUUUCCUCUGUGACAACGCGGUGUCCAUCACAGGUCACGAGCAAACGGUGAUUUCCAGCAUAUUAAAGACUACCUACCGACGUCAUGUACACUGUUCUGCCAACAUAUACCGAGCACCGGUUACUAGCCCGAAAAGAAAUCAAUAUUGAGACUACGAGGGAAAACCGUAAGUCACAUAUUAAACCUAACACGGCACUUUCGAUAAUAGACUUACCAGAAACUAGCAUAACUGCGUAUAACGUUCUUUAACGACAUUCUAACCUCGCUGUCAUUUUAACCUCAGGGCUUGCUAUACCGAGACCUCGAUUAACUGCGGAACUACUACAUGAAUGUACUUCUGUGACACAACGUUCACCCUAGCAAUCAGUCCUAUACGGUGCAUAGCGCUUCAUGAACCCCAGCACCGAACACCAUGGAAGUGUAUUUCGAAGACAACAUGAAUACCAUGACGAGGCACUAACAUAUAACGUCAAAUCAACGAACCCAACCGAUAUAUACCUGACAAAAUGCCUACUCGUUUGUUCCGUACAGGUCCGAGAACUCGGGCACGAAAAAACAGGUCGCUCACCUUCGGGUCCAUUAGGGAUAGCAAUGGAAACGUAAUUGGACGAAAAUCAAGAAUACCAUGACAAGGCAUUUUCACAUAGCAGACAAUUCAACAACAACAAAGGCACCCGCACAUC